UUGCCAAUCGCCAUGUGCUAUUCGCACUGAAAAUAGGUGUAUUUAUAUUCUAUUUGCAUUCACAGGCCUCGCUACUUCAGAUAAUUGUAUUCUGCGCAACUUUAGUCAUCAUUGACGGUUCCUCGUUAGCGUCUCGAGGCGCGACACUCAGCCAAGAGAAGCACAGCCAAGAUAAACACAAAAAAGAUUCCAGGGCACCGUUAACGACGGAGUUGAUCCCCGAAUGGCUAUCGGUCUCUCGUCGAAACCGCCGAUAUGUUUCCGGCAGCCGACUGCGCACGAAUAUGAUCACGAAGAAUUAUACGAACUGCAUAGUGGUGCGACUCCAAUCGAAGAGUUACGUACCGUAUGUGACGUAUAUUGGCGUCAAUGACACGAAGGUGGUAGGGAUACACGAUCAUGAACGAGGGUCACUCAAUUACACUUUACUAGAACUUCAGACCUUCAACUCGGACGUUCGCAGGAUUAGAGGAUAUCACAGUGGUCGCUAUGUGGCAGUCGACGUUAAAGGCGACAUCGUAACAGAGACAACACCUACAACUGGAUCAUUCUGGAUCGAGCGCAUGGAAAAGAACGGGUGGCAUACAUUUCGCUCUUUCAAAAUGGUGGAGAUGGAGAGAAAAAAACCGCAGACGCCAAACACUCGGGAGGUGUGGUACCUCGCAGUCAAGCGCAACAAGAAUAUGAAGAAACCGAAGGAAGCUGAACCCGGAAUGAAAUCAUCGCAGUUUUUAUAUUACACAAUCCAAGGAUAUGAUUGUAAGCCUCAAUAGAAAUUACAGAGUCUAGGGAUCAGUGAGUUAUCAAGUAGGAGCUCAAAGUACAGAGUGAGGCACGGUAGAGUACGCCGUAACGUUUCGUUUCGUUUCGUUUCGUCUCGUAGCUCGUACAGAAAGGAGGUCUAGUAGAUUAAGUAGCAGUCAAGGAGUACCAGAUGGGACUUUUGUUAAUGAAGUUCGAUGAAAAGUGCAAACUCCCAGCGAAACAAAAUGAGUCUUUCAUUUACUUUCAUACUGGCCGCGUCACGGCCAGUAUGAAAGUCACUCGGUCACUCGGAAAUUAAAACUAUGUACUUACUCUCCUGACUAUGUUUUUAAUAAUUUAUUCUGCUAUUUCUCAAAGAAAGCUUCGAAUAUAAAGUAGACGGCGCUUGAAAACUGACUGUAGUACUAUCAAAAUCAAAGAGGACCAAAAUUCAGAGUUAUUCUAAAGUGAGCAAAUUAAAGACGGAAAUCUGGUUCUAUUAGUGAUGCUGUCUGGAUUUUGCGUGACGUAGCAAGCAUAAAGCCAAGUAAUUGAAAAUAUGAUAAAAUAGUAGUUAGCAUUUUUCUGCUAACAAAGAACGCUCUGUUCUGACUUGGAGAUAAACAUACAGAGACCUGGUUUAAUAAAAGUGGUAACAAAUUUUAAGGAUUUUUGUAAGAACAUUAAAAAAACGAUGACGAGAGACACAAUACUGUGGCUUGAAAAGCAAACAAUAAAAAAAAAAUUCAUGGUAAAUAAAAAUAAAAAUAAUUAAAUUAUUUACAAACCCUCAACUUAAGUUAAGAUGGGAGAUGAUUAUAAUUAAAGCCGCGUAACAAGGAAAUAACGUACCCUUUGUACAGAGGAAGUAGUAUUUUACAAUAAAAUGCUUAUUUAUUAUAAGGGAAAUGUUUGUAAUUCAAUAUUCUUUUAAUAUUAAAAUUUUUAUUAUAUUUUGCAAACAA